AUGCUACAAAAUUAUGACAUUGAUACGAAUGACAAUGGCUCAAUUUCAAGCAAUAAUUUUACUCAUUCCUCAAAAACAUCAACUGGAAGCUCGACCGUACCAUCAUUGGAUGGUUAUGACUCAAACAUUGGUAAAUUGACAAAGGCAACCACUCCAACAGCAUUAUUUUCUUUAGAGUCACUAGGUCAAAAAUCUGCUGUUUCGAAGUAUUCCGGUGAAGUUGAAGAAAGGGCAAAUGUAUCAUAUAUUUUUAAACAACAUCAGAAUGAUAGUGGUUCAAAUGAUCAAAAUAGCUCGAAUAGAAAUUCAAUUGAAACAAGAGUGUUUGAGGCUAGAGCUAGUUCAAGUACUAUUAAUAAAACCGACUGUGCUCCUGCCCUUCCUUCUUUACCAAAAUUUCCAACAAGAACUUCUUUAGCAACAGAUGCUGGUAAUAGAAAUAGCUUCAGAAGAGAAGUCGAAGAGAGUGAACGUCUAGAUAAUACUAAUACUAUCAAAGAAUUAGAAACAGCAAGUGAAAAUGAGAGCUUUACCGUAGCAAACGCAGAACAUGGCUCUCAUCAUCAAUAUGCAAUUCUUUCGAGACCUAGCAAUGAAUCAUUGGUAGAAACGUCUGAGAUAAAGAAAGAAAAAGUAAAUACAUAUAAAGAUACUGGAAAAGAACAAAAAAUUGAAAAUAAUAAUGAGUUGAUUUUAUCGAGCACCCACACCAAGCAAGCAGAGGGCAAUAACGAUAAAAGAGAUAUUAGUAUCGGGGCUGAAACUACAUAUUUACUUACCAAUUCCACUAUCGAGGCUGAAAAUCCAAUUAUUUCUUCAUAUAUACUGUCAAAUAAUAUCCUUCCAGAUUUUACUAAUGAAAAUAUUAGAACACCAAGCUCAAAAUCUGUUUCUUCUACACAUUCAUCUCCAAAUAAAAAUUUACCAGCUAGCAAAAGAAUCACGUCAAACCUAUCAUUAUUGAGCUCAAAAUUAAGUGAAAGUACUUCAGCUCAAUUAAAACCAACUAAGCAAUCUAAUUACAGUACCUCUUUAAAUUUAUCAGAACCUUCUAUUUUUGGUAAUUCUUUAAAUCAUAUAGAAGUACUUCAUAGCCAGCCCUCUAUUGAUAAAGAAUCUCAUGUUGAUGAAGAAUCUUAUAUAUCAAAUGAUGCUACUUCUCAGUAUUCUGAAGAAAUUUCACAACAAACACCAAGCAAUGAUGCUAUACUAUCUACAUCUAAUAUCGUUCAAACCUUAUCUGAUUGUAGCGGCAUGAAUCAAAAGGCUUCGACUGAGGAGGAUACUAAUAUAGCCAGCCCUAUUCAUCCAAGCAUUCCACCACGUAGUGAAAGAAGGCCAAAAUCUACCGUGUUCUUAGGAACCUCAUCAGAAUUGCUAACGACAAGUGAAAAUGACAUAUAUAUUAUGCCUGCAGCUAAGAAUAAAUCGAUGGACAGAAUUUUUACACCAACUUCUUUAGCCACCACAAAUAUAUCAGAUGCAUUCUAUUCUGCCACAAGUAAUUCUGCCUCAGAAGCAAUUCAAACUAGUGACAACGAUAUAAACCAUAAUAAAGUGGGAACUGUUGCUACAAAUUCAUCUCCCGAAAUAGAUAAUGGAUAUCUGUCUAGACCGUUACCACAGGUCCCGGGAAUCGAAUCAAGCUUAACUAGAGAUAAUACGAUUACACAUCAUCAUUCAGGUAUAGAAAGUUCACUACUUCCAAGCAAAGAUGAUCAACUAGAUACUGAUGUAAUAAGUUUUGUAUCGUCAAACAAUGAUAUUAACCAAACUGCAAUUUCUACAACAUCUAUUAAAAAGACGACUAAAAAGAAAACUAAGUCAAGGAAGAAAAUUAAGUCAGAAAAUGCUGAGUUUCAAUCAUUAGAUUUUGGUACCUUAACACAAUUACUAGACGUAUCAAAAAACUCUGAAUUAGGCAAAGAGUUCUCUCAGCUAGGCAUGCAAAGAGAAGAAAAAAUGGCUUUAGAGAAAUUAGUUGACUCGCUGUCGAAAUUAACAACAGAUAUGAUGCUUGAUCCUAAACGUUAUGAAGAAGGUCUAAGAAGACUCGAUAAAGCUACAAGAUCAUUAGAGGGGUUUUAA